UGUGUCUGCUAACGCACGUCAAGAUGGCAAAGUUGUCAGGACCAUAACAGCACGCACCCUAAACAAUUUAGGACCACAGUUUACAUCUGCGACUAGAAACAGCUCCAUAUGUUUAUCGAGGGCAGUCACAAGAGGAAAAAGAGUCUGCAUUUAUACAAGCUGUACCCCCAUCCACACUGAAGCAUGACUCUGGCCCUUCAUGAUCUCCUGGUCUGCUGCAGGGGGCUGGAGAAUAACAAAGUUACAGAGAGGAAGAAAGAAGCUGAACGCUUCAGGAGGCUCAUCAGAACUCCAGAGGUAGUGCAGGAGUUGGAUCGGACAUCAGGACUUAAAGCUAAAGGCUCCAAGCAGCUCACAUGGGAUGCUGUUUUCAGAUUUUUGCAGCGAUAUGUCCAGAAGGAGACAGAAAGCCUGCAAUCAAGUAAAUCAAACGUAACAGCAACUACACUGGCGUUACGGCAGAAGAAGAUGGCGGACACGUGCAGCCUGAUCAAAUACUUCAUCCGCUAUGCAAAUAAACGCAGGCCUAGUCUAAAGUGCAGUGAGUUGCUGAGACAUGUGAUGGACGUUCUGCAGAGUUCCUACAGCUGCUCAGCCUAUGGAGAAGAUUAUAGCAGCAUUUUACUGAAAGACAUCCUCUCUGUCCGCAAGUACUGGUGUGACAUCACUCCACAGCAGUGGAGCAGUCUUUUGGAUUUGUUCUGUGGAUUUUACAAUUGUUCAUCCAAGUCGAUCAACCGUGUGCUGGUGAGCAGAGUCAUUUAUACACUGGUGAAGGGCUGCUGUAUGCAGACUGAUGGAUUCAACAACUCUCUGUUCAGCUUCUUCUCCAAAGCCCUGCUGAAUGCCAGACAAGAGAAGCACUUGACUGUUUUGGAGCACAUCCUCUCAGCUCUCAACAUCUUCCUAAGAUCUGUGGCUAUGAACUGUCGAAUGAAGGUGUGUCAUCUAGGAGAGGAGCUCAUGCCUUCCAUACUGUAUAUCUGGGCAGACAUGAGACCCAGUACAGCUCUCAAGGAGGAGAUUGUGGAGUUCUUUAACCUGCAGAUUUGUGUUCAUCACCCCAAAGGAGCAAAGACACAGGAUACAGAUGCUUAUGCUGAGGACUGGCCCAAAUGGAGAAGUCUUCUUUACAGCCUCUAUGAUGCCUUAAUCAGAGAAAUCAGCCAAAUAGGCAGCAGAGGGAAGUACGUCACAGGGACACGGCACAUUGCUGUCAAAGACAAUCUGAUUGAGCUCACAGCUGAUAUCUGUCACCAGCUGUUCAGUGAUGAUGAUGACACCCUCAUCUUGGAGGUGACUCAAGCCUCCCUUAAAGUCUCCCCCAUGGGGAGUCCCACACAAGGAGCUGCAAGCAAGCGACGGCGUAUUGAGCUAGGCUGGGGGGUCCUCAGGGACCGCCUGCAGCCUCAGCUUAAUGAUUUUGAUGUCAUACCAUGGCUGCAGAUCACCUCAGUGCUCACCUCUAAGUACCCAUCCAUGGUGCCCAGCCAGGAGCUGGUCCCGCUGCUGUCAGUGCUGUACCAGCUCCUGGCAGAGCAGCGGAAAGGAGAGCGGGGCCUGUAUGUCAUGUGCUGUCUAAGGGAUUUGGCCCGGUGCCAGGCUCGCUACCCAAAGAGAACCCAAGUCCGGAGCACAGAGCUGGGUAGGCUGUGGGGUCGGGUGUGGGUCCUGGCGCUGCGGGGGGUCAGUUCACCCCAGACAGUUUUACACAGCCUGGACCUGCUCAGUUCUAUCAUCCAUGGUGGACUUAUCAGUGUGGACAGAGAGUUCUGGAAGCUUUACUCUGGAUCUGUGUGUAAACCAUCCCAGGGUGCUGCUCUCUGUCUGGCCCAGGCUCUGCUGAAGUUCCCAGUCCCUAAAAGUCUAACCUUCAGCCCAGGGUGGGAGUAUGUCGGAGCUACAGAUGGAUCUGCGUCACCCAGCCUGAAGGAGACCCUGACGGCCUGGCUGCUGAUGUCUGAUCAGAGCGAGGAGAUGGAGGAAAGCUCCAGACCCCACCCCAUUAUUUGCAGAGACUUUUCUUCCAAUCUGAUAGCGAGCAUCCUGGUCUCCUUGACAUUGAAAGAUACAAGAACUGGCCUGAAGUUUCUGCUGGGUACUGAUGGAGUUGAAAGUGCCUUUUUCCAAGAGCAAACAUCCACCACUGCCAAAGACAGUCUGGAGGAGACUGAGAGGCUGUACUUGAACUUCAGCUUCAACGUGCUGCCCAUAGCCCUGCCAGAGACGGAGGAGUCGGUGCGGACGGCUUCAGCUGAAGCCCAGUUUGCCGCUGUCCCCAUCCUCAGAAACAAGCUGGAAAAAUCACUGCUCUGUGUAGCUGACAACCUCCUCAACUGCUACUCUCCUGAUUCUCCUCCAGAGUGCCUCCUGCGCUGCUCCAGGCUGCUGACUGGAGUUCUAGCAGGUUAUGUUUCCACUGGCUGUCUGAGUGAGGAGGAGGUCUGCCGGUCUCUGCUCUUCACUAAAGCCAAGGCCCUGGCUCAGGACUUCAGUGGUUUUGUUUCUAGUGUGAAAGUGAAGAUGGGAGAAGACGGUACGAUGAGCACGCUCAGAGCUGUGAUGAAGCUCUGCACAGAGUCGACUUGUGUUAAAAACAAGGAUUUUUAUUCCAUGUCCUCCAGUGUCUUCAUCAUGACCCUGCCAGCCAGUCUCCUGAGUGAACUGGCCGAGAUCUGCAAAAUGUUGUUGUGCAGUGCUUCAAAAAGAGUCAGUGUUGUGGAAGAAGACGAUCCUGUGGAUGCUGACUGGGAUGUGAGCAGAACCCAACAAGGGGAUGAAAUGGACUUGUUUGAAGAUGAAGAAGAAUCCCACAGCAGCACCAAUGGGACCCAGAUACAGAAAGGAGACAACAGUGACUAUGCCUGUGGGCCAGGUAGCAUGUUGGUCAAUAUGCUACUCAGUUUUAAUUGCCAAAGUGCAAAGAGUCUGUUAGCAGAGGAUCAUCUGGCCCACCAGGACCUGGCUCUCCUUGCUGUCCUGGAGUUCCUGUGCGAGUGUGGCUCCAUCCAUCCCGUCCACAGUCUGCUCUUUAAACCACAGGAGGUGCGGCGCAGGCUGCUGCUAUUGGUGGAGCAGAUUGACUUUAGCAAAGCUUUGCACCUGAACAUGUAUCUGGUCCUGCUGAAGAAGCUUCCUGCUGAGGACUCCUUGUCUCCUGAGGAAUUUGACUCUCUGCUCCAGCCUUUAGCGGAGUUGUGUUCUCAGUAUCGACAGGACCAGGAGAUCUGUGCUGCUGUCCUGCUGAGUUUGUUACCAUCCAUACAGAGCCUGGGAAAAACCAAACACACGCCUGAGGAAAUGAGACAUGUUCAAGGAUCUCUGCUCCAAGUUGUGUCUGGUUUCUGUUUCCUGAGCCAAACUGGUAAAUGCAUAGCAACUGUGCGAGCUGCAUUGGUGAGAUGUCUCGUUGCGCUUCUGGAGGCUGAUCCAUGUUGUAAGUGGGCAGUGCUGAGCAUCAGAGGGCCUGAGCAGGAAGAAGACCAGCCCAUCUCUGUCGUUUUUCCUUCUUAUCUCGCUGACUCCCACCACCAAGUCCGCAUGCUGGUAGCCGUGUCAUUGGAAAGAUUGUUUCUAGAGCAGAAACCAGAGCAUCCUGAGAAGAGAAAGAUGUUGCCGCUCAAACACCAGCAGGCAGCUUUUGAGACCAUUUACCUGAAGGCUCAGGAAGGAAUGAAGCUCCCAAGGAGCAGCUCUUCAGAGGACCAGCAGGAUGAGGCGUUUAACCGCAAGGUCACCCUGCUGAAGAGUUUAUCUGUCGUUCUCUGUUGUAGUCCAGUUUGUGAAAAGCAGGCUCUGUUUGCCCUCUUCCAGUCUUACAAGGAGAACAAUAUAGAGGAACAGUUCAUCAAAAAGAUGUUGUGCGGCGUUUCCAGAUCCUUGGGCUACAGGAGCGUAAAAACAUUUGUGAGCUCUCACUUGUACUAUUUAGUAGCUGAGUGGUUGGCACAGAGGCAGUCUGAUGACCGCUACACUCUUGGAUCUUUUCCUUAUGCCCUUCUGGACAACAACACGGUCAAAGAUUUCUACAGCUCCUCCUACCAGGUGUUGAUACCCCACCUGGUUGUCCUGGAUGACUUUGAGCAGGUGAAGUCUAUUGGCAGGUAUCUUGAGAAGGACUGGAAAGAGCUGUUGGCCGACUGUUUCCCAAAGAUCAUGGUGAACAUCCUGCCAUACUUCGCCCUUUCUGGCCAGGAUCCUCAUGUUGCACAGCAGAGAGAGAAAGCUCAUAGAGUGUACGAUCUGCUCAAAGAUGCCAACUGCCUGGGCAAACAGCAAAUUGACAGCCUGAUCCACAGCAACCUUGCUGACAUAGUGGUGGAGCUGCUGCUGACUCUUUAUGAAGGAAGUGGAGCUGAGGUGGCCGGAGGAGACCUCAAACGCUUUAUGGGGGAACUGGACCCAGCACCAAACCCUCCAUACUUUAGCUCCUAUGUCAUCAAAGCUACACUCGACUACCUCAGCAUGUGCCACAGUGCAAACCACAAAUCUUUGGUAUCCAUUCUAUCAAAAACACCGAUUUCCAUCCAGAGGAUUCUCCUGGCAGUGUGUGAAAAAGCUGCAGAGACGACCAACAGCUACGAACGCCACCGCAUCCUCCUCAUGUAUCAUCUGUUCGUUAGCCUGCUGCUCCAGGAGGUGAAGGACGGCCUAGGAGGAGCCUGGGCCUUUGUUCUUAGAGACGUCAUCUAUACACUCAUCCACCAUAUUAACAGCAGACCAGUUCAGUGUGAUGAGGUUUCCAGCAGAAGCCUCUCUCUGUGCUGUGACCUGCUGACCUCUGUGUGUGAGGCAGCGCUGCAGUUCUGUGAUGAUGCUCUAGACUGCCACCUACAGGUCAUCAUUGCCACUCUGACAGCUCAGGUGACCAGCCGGCCUGCCAUCUCGCAGCAGGUGCUCAGUCUGUUGCAGUUUCUUGUGAUUGACAAUAAGCAGAAAUUAAAAGGGGCUAUCAGCAGACUGGAGCCAUUUCCUGACCUGCCUGAAUUCCAAGAGUUACGUUCUGUUCAGCAGCAGCUGAAAUACAACACUGGGACCUUCACACUCCGACAGGAGAUAUCCCAUUUCCUGUCAGUGACAUCCUGUGACUGCCUACCUCUGACCAGACUGGAGGGUCUGAAGGAGCUGACCAGACGGCUGCGUGACAACAAGGGCCAGAUUGGGGAGCUGCUGAGAGAGUGCCAUACCGACCCCUCUGACAGUGUGCUGGUGAAUCUGGUUCUCAGUCUGCUGCAGCUCUGUAAGCUGGCGACCAACCACCCCGGAGGAGCGGAAAUUCUGGAGGCGGCAGGCAGCUGCCUGGGAGAACUAGGUCCUGUGGAUUUCUCUACCAUCGCUCUGCUUCAUGGCAGAGACCCUCUUUAUGAGAGAGCCGUGUCUCUCUUCACUUCCACUGAGUCCCAGUGUCUGUACAUUAUCCUCAACUGCAUGAACGAUGCACUAACCGAGCAGCGUAUUGAGGUGAGGCAGGCAGCUGUUCAGUGUGUGAAGUACAUCCUGGCCACUCAGUCUGGACUAGACUUCUGGGAGCAGCAUAGAGACAGCAGAGACCCCAUGCUGGCCUAUCUCAAUCCCUUCAGAAAAGCCAAGAAGAAGGUGGCAGCUGUGUCUGCUGAAGAGAGCUCGGAUGCCAAGGAGAAGCUGGUGAGCCAGGAGUUUUGGAUCCCCCGGGCAGGUGGACACGAGGCCUGGCUGAAGGCUUUGUGCACCACCUUGCUGGACAGUGGAGGAGUCAGGAGUGAGGCCCUGCUGCUGUCACGGCCCCUGUGUCUGGUGAAGGUGGACUGCUGCCAGAGGCUGCUGCCUCUCAUCAUUCACUUCAUCCUUCUGGAGGACUCUGAUGGCUCAUGGAGGGAGCUGCUGUCCUCCCACAUUCAAGACUUUUUCAGCUUUUGUUUCAGAAGUUCUCAGGCCUCCAGUCGCUCUGCUACACCUCUAAACUCUGACUCUGAGCCGGACACUGCCAGCCACGGCCUGUAUGACAAAACCUCUCUGCGCACCAUGCUUGCUGUUAUUGACUAUCUGAGAAACCAGCGGAGACCACUGGAAGCUGAAAGCACCUCCUGUGGCACCGUGUGCGACUCAAACUUCUGGUUAGAGCUGAAUUACCUGGAGGUCGCCAAAGCUGCUCAGUCCUGCUCAGCUCAUUUCACUGCGCUGCUGUACACUGAAAUCUAUGUUGAUAAGAUCAAAGCUAAUAUGGAGGAGAGUCGCAGAACCAAGUCUAGAGCAUCACGCAAGAUUAAUUUUGAGGAGAAUAGCCAGAACUUCACCAUCUCCAGUCUGACUGAGAAGAGUUUGGAGGAAACCAAAAUCAGCCUGCAGGAGCUUCUGAUUGAGGUGUAUCGCAGCAUCGGUGAGCCUGAUAGUCUGUAUGGCUGUGGAGGGGAGACGAUGACCAGUCCAUUGACAAGGAUUCGAACAUAUGAGCAUGAAGCCAUGUGGGGGAAGGCCCUGACUUCCUACGACCUCCACUCUACUCUACCAGAGGUCGUUAGACAAGUGGGAAUUGUUGAGGGUAUGCAGAACUUCGGUCUCAGCAGCAUCCUCGCCACCUACAUGAGGGGUCUGGAGAGUGAAGGAGUUGAGUGGAGGGCGGAGCUGAGAGAGCUUCGCUUUCAGGCCGCCUGGAGGAAUACGCAGUGGGAUUGUGAACUGUCAGAGAGGAGUGACAAAUCCAAACCCGGCUUUCAUGAAUCAGUGUUUUGUUCCUUACAAGCGCUGAGGGACAAAGAGUUCUCCAUUUUUGAUGAAACUAUGAAACUGGCCAGGGGUGCAGAGAUGGAGGAACUGUGCAGAGGAAGUUUAGAGGCCGUUUCUUCUCUUUACCCAGCUCUCAGGAAUCUGCAGAGCAUCAGAGAGCUGGAGAGUGUUAAACAGCUCUUUUCUAGGCCCUUCUCUGAUGUGACUCUGAGGGAAGUUUGCAGCCAGUGGCGGCAGCAGCUAAAGCUGCUCGCUGAUAGUGACUUUGCUCUGGUUGAACCCAUUCUUGCUGCACGCUCUGUUGCCAAGAACACCCUGAUGUGCAGGGUGGGAAACCCCGACGACACUCAGUACCUCAGCUCUGUGCUCACUGACCACCUCAUGGAAUUCUGCCGGCUCGCUCGCAAAGCUGGGAAUACACAGCUGGCAGAGCGGGCAGUCUUCCAGAUGAAGCUGCAGCGUACUGGGGGGUCCUCAUCUCUGGUGUCAUCAUGGCAGCUGGAGGAAGCUCAGGUGUUCUGGGCCAAGGGAGAGCAGGGACUUGCCCUAGGCCUGCUGAGACAGAUGAUUAACAAGCUGGAGGAGAAGGUGGACAUGAAUCCUGCGCUGGUCCCAGUCUACACAGAGUGCCUCAGGCUGUGUGGUAACUGGUUGGCUGAGACCUGCUUGGAAAGCCCCGGAGUUAUCCUGGAGAAGUAUCUAGAGAGGGCCGUGGAAGUGAUUGAGGAGGAGUCGGGAGUUCAGGACUCACGGCUGGAAGCUCAGCGAACAGAGGCCUUCCUGUCACUGGCACGCUUCUCUGACACUCAGUAUCAGAGCAUCGAUAAAUACAUGAACUCCUCCGAGUUUGAGAACAAACAGGCACUGCUGGAAAAGGCCAAAGAAGAGGUAGACCUCAUGAAGGAGCGUAAAGUGACAUCAAACAGGUACACCAUAAAGGUGCAGAGAGAGCUGGAGCUGGAUGAGAAGGCCUUGUCUAACCUUCGGGCGGACAGACAGCGCUUCCUGUGUAAGGCAGUGAAGAACUAUAUCCAGUGUCUGGAGGAAGGACAGGAGCACGACACCUGGGUGUUCCGCCUGGCUUCACUCUGGCUGGAGAACGCUGAUGUUAGGGCCGUUAACGAAAUGAUGAAGAAAGGGGUGAAGCAAAUCCCCUCCUAUAAGUUUUUGCCUCUUAUGUAUCAGCUGGCUGCUCGAAUGGGAACCAAAAUGGCAAACGGCAUCACUGAGGAUACAGGCUUCCAUGAUGUUCUCAGCGAGUUAAUCUGCAGAGCUUCUCUAGAGCACCCUCACCACACCCUCUUCAUCAUCUUCGCCCUGGUCAACGCCAAUAAAGACGAGAGCUUUUGCAGAUCUAGGCUGUCGAAGAAUGCUUGCCAGUCCUCGCCAUUUGACCUGGAGCGAUCCGAUGUGGCCCGUAAGAUCAUUCACACAAUCAAGAAGAAGAGAGGUGAGAUGAUCAGAGGGAUUGAACGUCUGUGUGAUGCCUACAUCACUCUAGCUUACAUGGAUGCCAGCAAGCACAAGCAGGAGAAACGAGCGAUUCCCAUCCCUGCAGAUCAGCCCAUCAUGAAAAUCAAAGACCUUGAUGAGGUUGCCAUCCCUACAAUGGAGAUCAGGGUGGAUCCGUCUGGUUGCUAUGACAACCUGGUGACUGUCAGAUCCUUUCUGCCCCAUUACCACCUAGCUGGAGGAGUCAACCUGCCCAAGAUCCUGGACUGUGUUGGUUCAGACGGAAAGAGCAGGAGGCAGCUGGUGAAGGGCCAGGACGACCUGCGGCAGGAUGCAGUCAUGCAGCAGGUUUUCAGCAUGUGCUCCAUGCUGCUGCAGCGUAACACAGACACUCGCAAGAGGAAGCUCAACAUCAGACGAUACAAGGUGGUACCGUUCUCGCAGCGUAGUGGCGUGCUGGAAUGGUGCUCAGGUACGGUGCCUAUUGGGGAGUUUCUGGUGGAUCCAAGCAAAGGAGCCCACAAACGCUUCAGACCCCAGGACUGGGCGAACCUCGCCUGCCGCAAGAAGAUGAUGGAGGCCCAGAGGCAACCAUUCGAUGAAAAGCUCCAGGUCUACAGUGAGGUGUGCAGGAACUUCAGGCCCGUCUUCAGGUAUUUCUGUAUGGAGCGCUUCCUGGACCCCGCCGUGUGGAUGGAGAAACGACUAGCCUACACUCGCAGCGUGGCCACCUCCUCUAUAGUCGGCUACAUCGUGGGACUCGGUGACAGACACAUCCAGAAUAUUCUGAUUGAUGAGCAGACGGCUGAGCUGGUGCACAUUGAUUUAGGUGUGGCCUUUGAGCAGGGGAAGAUCCUCCCCACCCCUGAGACGGUCCCCUUCAGACUGUCCAGAGACAUCGUGGAUGGGAUGGGUAUCACAGGAGUGGAAGGAGUUUUCAGGAGGUGUUGUGAGAAGACGAUGGAGGUGAUGAGAGGUUCUCAGGAAGCCCUGCUAACUAUUGUAGAGGUGCUUCUGUAUGACCCUUUAUUUGACUGGACCAUGAAUCCACUGAAGGCCUUUUACCUGCAGCAUGAUGAACAGCAGGAGCUCAAUGCAACUCUUAGCUCUACCAUUGGUGGAGAGGUCAUGGACAACCAGCGAAAAUCCAGUGACAGUCAGAGCUUUAACAAAGUGGCUGAGCGUGUGCUGCUGAGGCUGCAGGAGAAGCUGAAGGGGGUGGAGGAGGGCACAGUGCUCAGCAUCGGAGGGCAGGUCAACCUGCUCAUCCAACAAGCCAUGGACCCCAAAAACCUCAGCAGACUCUUUCCUGGUUGGCAGGCCUGGGUGUAGACCUGGGGGAAGGUACACUGUUGGCAGCGUGAGACUGAGGCAUAAGGAACUGAGACCCACAUGGAUGUUAUGCUGCAGAAACACAACGUUUUAAUGUUUAAUAUUUACCAUGAAAGCUGGUGUAUUUUGCACUUUCAUUACUUUGGGCUUUUUGAUCUAAAAAGUUGGCUUUGACUGGUGUAAAGUACUGUAUCACAGGUACAGGUGUCACUGUCACACAUUGCUCUACACCUGACAUUGUUAAAAAAUCACCUCAUUCAUUGUGUAUGCAGGCAGCUGCUUUACAGCCCUCAGUGUGCUAGGAUGCAGAAUCACAUGUUGUAGACUUUGUUGAAUGCAAUGGAAAUUAUCAUGCAGGAAGACGGUUUAAUUCUUUCUUUCCUUCUAAGGGAAGCCCAAAAAACAGACCACCAAUGCAACCUAUAUUCCAGAUUUUAUGGUAAAGCAAAUUUAUUCCAUGUAGUUUAACAAAAUGAAAGCUUUAUUGCCACGAUCAGAACUCAAGACGGUCAAAAGUAAAUGUUUCCUUCAUCUCUGCUGCUUUGCACAUAAACUAGAAACGUAUGCAUUUAUCCUUCCUAAACAGUUAUAGUAACUAAACUGGUCGUUAAAGCCAUCUGUCAGAUUGAAAGUGUUGUACAAGGACCAUUAACUGUGGUGCUAAAAUGGAUGGGGCAUGUUUGCAGAAAGGACAUGUCUACUGUUGAAGCAAGAGUGUUUUUCUUUUCUAUGAAACCCAUUUAUAUGUGAAUGUUCUCUGUUUGUAGCUGAUUUAUUCAAUGAAUUAUUAUUUGUAAUAGCCCUUUACAAAGAAUAAAUUCCUUAUGAAUGUAA